AUGGCGAGCGGGGAGGGCGAUGACCAGAAGAGGCAGAGGAGGAGGAGGCGGCGGCUGCGGGCGGUGUGCCUCCCGCGGCCGGGGUGCUUCACGGUGUCCGCCGCCGACGAGGGCUCCUCGGCUCACGGCGCCGGCGAGGGGGAGAGCAAGCCCAAGCCGACGCAUCUGGUCGUCACGGUCAAUGGGAUCGUCGGAAGUGCAGAAAAUUGGCAUUUUGCAGCAAAACACUUCAUCAAGAAACACCCUGAAGAUGUGGUUGUUCACUGCAGUGGAUGCAACUCAGCUGCUCGAACCUUUGAUGGAGUUGAUGUGAUGGGUAGAAGAUUGGCAGAGGAGGUAACUUCUGUUGUUGACAGUAGACCAGAGCUUCGCAAGAUUUCCUUCGUUGCACAUUCAUUGGGUGGACUAAUUGCAAGAUACGCUAUUGCAUUAUUAUAUGAGAGUGAGACACAAAAAGAUUCUCAUGAAAAGUGUGAGAAUCAUGCUGUUGACUAUUCUAGUAACCAGCAUAGCUUUGGAGGAAAAAUUGCUGGUUUGGAGCCUAUUAACUUCAUCACUUUUGCAACACCACACCUCGGUACAAGAUCACACAAACAGAUACCACUUCUUCGUGGUUCCAACAAAUUAGAAAAGAUGGCAUAUCGUUUGUCUUGGAUUGCUGGGAAAAGUGGAAAACAUCUCUUCCUGAAAGAUAUUAAAGAUGAGAAACCACCACUUCUUCUACAGAUGGUUACUGAUUAUGGUGGUCUCCAUUUCAUGUCAGCUCUCCGCUCUUUCAAGCGGCGUGUUGCUUACUCCAAUGUUUGCAAUGACUUUAUCGUUGGCUGGAGGACAUCUUCAAUUCGUCGUCAACACGAGCUUCCUAAGCCCCAAAGUUUUAUAAACAACGAUAGAUAUCCACACAUUGUAUAUGUGGAUGGACCAAAGGUUGAGGAUGUUGAAUUUUCAGAUGCGAUGAUUUAUCAGGCAAAAACAACUACUGAAAUGGAAGAGGUGAUGCUCAAAGGUCUGAAUAGACUUUCAUGGGAAAGGGUAGAUGUUAGCUUCAAGAAAAGUAGACAAAGGAUUUUUGCUCAUAGCACUAUUCAGGUCAAGACCUAUUUCUUGAACUCUGAUGGAGCUGACGUGAUCUUCCACAUGAUCGACCAUUUUAUUUAUUAA